ACUCCGCCCCGCCCCUCCCGUCUUGCCGCUUCUUUGAGCGGAAGUUGGAUCAUUGAAGCGCCAAAAAAGAAUUUAGUGGAACACCUGAUUUUCGCUUGAGGCACGAUUGCGGCGCUGUACGCUCCAGACACCUUCUGGAAGCUGCGGUGGGGAAACUGAGUUUCCCGAGCCGUUGAGAAAGAUGGGAUUCAGCACCGCGCGGGGACCACAGGAAAGCUGCGGCUGAAGAGAACCGCGGACUUGGCAGGAGCCGCCUGAGGAACUCAGAUCUCGGAGACUCUUAGUCCGGUGGUGCUUCUCUACGGGACGAGGGGAGGGAGAAUCCGGCCGGACAGAUCUGCGCGUAUCCUGGAGCCGGCCCAGUUGUGAACUAGGAGAGGUUUGGGACCUCUGUCCCGUGCAAGAGAGAUGAAUGGAGAGUAUAGAGGCAGAGGAUUUGGACGAGGAAGAUUUCAAAGCUGGAAAAGAGGAAGAGGUGGCGGGAACUUCUCAGGAAAAUGGAGAGAAAGAGGACACAGACCUGAUCUGAGUAAAACCACAGGAAAACAUACUUCUGAACAAACCCCGCAGUCUUUGCUUUCAACAAAGACCCCACCGUCAAUGCAGUCAACAUUGGAUCGGCUCAUACCAUAUAAAGGCUGGAAGCUUUAUUUCUCUGAAGUUUACAGCGAUAGCUCUCCUUUGAUUGAGAAGAUUCAAGCAUUUGAAAAAUUUUUCACAAGGCAUAUUUAUUUGUAUGAUAAGGAUGAAAUAGAAAGAAAGGGAAGUAUUUUGGUGGAUUUUAAAGAACUGAUAAAAGAUGAUGAAGUAACUAACUUGAUACCAGAUACAGCAAAUGAACUAAGAGAUACACCUGAGAAAACCUUGGCUUGCAUGGGUUUGGCAAUACAUCAGGUAUUAACUAAGGACCUUGAAAGGCAUGCAGCUGAGUUACAAGCCCAGGAAGGAUUGUCUAGUGAUGGAGAAACAAUGGUAAAUGUGCCACAUAUUCAUGCAAGGGUGUACAACUAUGAGCCUUUGACACAGCUCAAGAAUGUCCGAGCAAAUUACUAUGGAAAAUACAUUGCUCUAAGAGGGACAGUGGUUCGUGUCAGUAAUAUAAAGCCUCUUUGCACCAAGAUGGCUUUUGUUUGUGCUGCAUGUGGAGAAGUUCAGAGUUUUCCUCUUCCAGAUGGAAAAUACAGUCUUCCCACAAAGUGUCCUGUGCCUGCGUGUCGAGGCAGGUCAUUUACUGCUCUCCGCAGCUCUCCUCUCACAGUUACAAUGGACUGGCAGUCAAUCAAAAUUCAGGAGUUGAUGUCUGAUGAUCAGAGAGAAGCAGGUCGGAUUCCACGAACAAUAGAAUGUGAGCUUGUUCACGAUCUUGUGGAUAGCUGUGUCCCCGGAGACACAGUGACUGUUACUGGAAUUGUCAAAGUCUCAAAUGCGGAAGAAGGUUCUCGAAAUAAGAAUGACAAGUGUAUGUUCCUUUUGUACAUUGAAGCAAAUUCUAUUAGUAAUAGCAAAGGACAGAAAACAAAAAGUUCUGAGGAUGGGUGUAAGCAUGGAAUGUUGAUGGAGUUCUCACUUAAAGACCUUUAUGCCAUCCAAGAGAUUCAAGCUGAAGAAAACCUGUUUAAACUCAUUGUCAACUCACUUUGCCCUGUCAUUUUUGGUCAUGAACUUGUUAAAGCAGGUUUGGCAUUAGCACUCUUUGGAGGAAGCCAGAAAUAUGCAGAUGACAAAAACAGAAUUCCAAUUCGAGGAGACGCACACAUCCUUGUUGUUGGAGAUCCAGGCCUAGGAAAAAGUCAGAUGCUACAGGCAGCAUGCAAUGUUGCUCCACGUGGCGUGUAUGUUUGUGGUAACACCACGACCACCUCUGGUCUGACGGUAACUCUUUCAAAAGAUAGUUCCUCUGGAGAUUUUGCUUUGGAAGCUGGUGCCCUGGUACUUGGUGAUCAAGGUAUUUGUGGAAUCGAUGAAUUUGAUAAGAUGGGGAAUCAACAUCAAGCCUUGUUGGAAGCCAUGGAGCAGCAAAGUAUUAGUCUGGCUAAGGCUGGUGUGGUUUGUAGCCUUCCUGCAAGAACUUCCAUUAUUGCUGCUGCAAAUCCAGUUGGAGGACAUUACAAUAAAGCCAAAACAGUUUCUGAGAAUUUAAAAAUGGGGAGUGCACUACUAUCCAGAUUUGAUUUGGUCUUUAUCCUGUUAGAUACUCCAAAUGAACAUCAUGAUCACUUACUCUCUGAACAUGUGAUUGCAAUAAGAGCUGGAAAGCAGAGAACCAUUAGCAGUGUCACAGUAGCUCGUAUGAAUAGUCAAGAUUCAAAUACUUCAGUACUUGAAGUAGUUUCUGAGAAACCAUUAUCAGAAAGACUAAAGGUGGUUCCUGGAGAAACAAUAGAUCCCAUUCCCCACCAGCUAUUGAGAAAGUACAUUGGCUAUGCUCGACAGUAUGUGUACCCAAGGCUAUCCAAAGAAGCUGCUCAAGUUCUUCAAUAUUUUUACCUUGAGCUCCGGAAACAGAGCCAGAGGUUAAAUAGCUCACCAAUCACUACCAGGCAGCUGGAAUCUUUGAUUCGUCUGACAGAGGCACGAGCAAGGUUGGAAUUGAGAGAGGAAGCAACCAAAGAAGAUGCUGAGGAUAUAGUGGAAAUUAUGAAAUAUAGCAUGCUAGGAACUUACUCUGAUGAAUUUGGGAACCUAGAUUUUGAGCGAUCCCAGCAUGGUUCUGGAAUGAGCAACAGGUCAACAGCAAAAAGAUUUAUUUCUGCUCUCAACAACAUUGCUGAAAGAACUUAUAAUAAUAUAUUUCAGUUUCGUCAACUUCGGCAGAUUGCCAAAGAACUAAACAUUCAGGUUGCUGAUUUUGAAAACUUUAUUGGAUCACUAAAUGACCAGGGUUACCUCUUGAAAAAAGGCCCAAAAGUUUACCAGCUUCAAACUAUGUAAAAGGACUUCACCAAGUUAGGGCCUCCUGGGUUUAUUAGCAGAUUAAAGCCAUCUCAAUGAAAAUAUGUGUGCACACACAGACACAGACACACACACACACACACACACACACACUCACUCAAAUACUGUUCUCUGAAAAAUGAUGUCCCAAAAGUAUUACAAGAAAAAAGCAUUAAAUAUAAUAAACUAAUUUAAGAAGUGAUAAAGUCUCCAGAUGCAGUAGCUCACACUGUAAUCACGGCGAUUCAGUAGGCUGAGGUGAGAGGAUUGCUUGAGACCAGGGUUCGAGACCAACCUUGGGCAACAUAGCAAGACCCCCAUUUCUUUAAAAAAAAAAAAAAAUUUAAACUUAGCUGGGUGUGGUGGCACAUGCCUGUGGUCUCAGCUACUUGUGAGGCUGAGGCAGGAGCCCAGGAGUUUGAGGUUACAGUGAGCCACGAACACACCAUUUACUGCACUCCAGCCUGGGCAAUAGAGUAACUAUGGACUCAAACAAAUAAAAAAAACUGUAGUGGUAGCCAUGUGUUAAUUGUUACAUAAAUUCUCCAAAAGACUAAAAGUAAAUUACUUAAUACAUUUUUUAGUUACAUUUUUGACCUACCUUUUAUAUGUAUAUUUCAUAGUUUUGCAUAUCAAAUGUAGGCAUUCAGACAAAUACAUAAACCAAUGAAUAUUUACAUAUUCUGUGUUCCAGUAAAUAUUUAUGGACACUAAAAUUUGAAUUUCAUAGUUUUCCCAUGUCAAGAAUACAAAAUCCUUGAUUUUUGAUCUUAGCCAUUUAAUAAUAGGCCUCAUUUAUUCCACAGGCUGUAGUUUAUAGAGUCUUACUUGCAAACAAUAGAAACAGACUGAUUAAGCAGAAGUUUUUUGAAAGAAUUUUGGUUAGCUCAUGGAAUUAUUAGAAGGCAGGUGAACCAGGAGGGUAAGCUUACAGCAGCAAUUUGUAAAACCAUGCCUUAGAAUUAGACUAAGGAAGAAGCUGCUGACACUGCUGCCACACAGGGCACUGGAAGAAAGUGCUACCCUGCCACCAUGCCCUACCUUUGCCACUUCUGCAGCAAGAAUAGGUAGAAGAAUGCCCCCACUCACACCAGAACAGCAACAAGAGGCGCCUCCCUAAAUUGCUGAAUUCAAAAAAAAAAGUCUCAUCCAAAGACAUCUGAUUGAAAAAGGUUAUGUUAUAUCCCCCUUUCAUAGGCUGCUAGGGAGUUUUCCUGGUUCUACUUUUGGAUGGUGGGAUCAAUAAGACCAGAAUUUCUCAUAUGUUGUUAGAGGAUUCAAAUGUUACAGGGUUGCCAGCCAAACUAUCAAUCAUGUAUAAAUCCAACCAACACUUUGUAACAUACAAGAACUCAGGAAAUAAUCCAUUGUUGGAGAAUCUACUAAAAUACAGCUUCCAGCAAACCAGAAGAUGAAUGGAAAAUGUAAAUAAAAAGAACUGGUAGUGU